UCCGGGCUUUUGGCCACUCAAGCACAUACUGUACGGCCCUCUGGACCAGAUCAAAACCGACACCGCCGCUGAUGGGCUAUCAACGGGAAUGUUGCAGACGCGAUCACGCGUACCGAUCUGAUUUCGCACACCGGUUAACUACGUACACGGCAAAUGGCUACCACAAACAACCGAUCAUAGACUGAUCCAUCUCGUACAUGGGCAUGGCCUGCCCAUACCAGACCUGAGCGGGCGUCUCCGCAUCCUCGCAGGGUGGGGACUCGGGCUCUACGAGGGACGCGAGCUGUUUAGCCGUAUCAUGCAUGGGCAGACGCGGCUUCGGUGCGAAUAGAGGGCACCCGGUCGGCCACACUCCAGUGUGGAUCGACGGUGCGAGGAGGUACGGCCGCACUGCCGGGGGCAUCAUUGGCAGCGGAGCGCGCGAGCUCAUUGGGAUAUGCGCCACGAUUGGGCGAUAGUAGUGAUUUGGGUCACGCGAUUCUGGGUGGCAAAUCGUAUAGGACGGGAUCGGGUAUGGGAGCGCUUGGUACCGCUGCAGCAGAGAUGCCAUUCUUUUCGAGUGUGUAUGCGACGACAGAGCGGAUGCCUGGAGCUGUGAGAUACUCGACGAAACCGAAAUCUUCCAGUCGAGCAGGUGGUCCAGCUUGUGCUUUUCUCUCUCGGCAUCCAAAUCCGCAGGCACAGGGAGUCCAAUCUGAAUCGCGCGUCUCAAACAGCCUUUGUUGCCCACAUGUAUGUUGCGUUGCCGUAAGCUGAAGAGACUGGGGGGAACAAUGUCAUGAUUUGCUUGGUAGGUCGCGCGGAUGGGAUGGGGGCACGCACGUCCUGCGGCACACGAAACACACAGCCUUUUUCCCUGCCACCUUGCGCAGUGCGUCUGGCGCGGCCCGCCUCGCGCUGGGAUGUCCGGAACCAUGAGCGGGCCUGCAGGCUGUCAUCGGGGGAGCUGCCGCCAUGGACAGCAGCACACACGGCGCGGGGUCGUCUUUCUUCGAAGAGAUUGAGGGGUGAAUAAGGGACCGGUUCAAUGAAGUGGCACGGUGAAGAGCUGGAGUCGCAGUCCUGUGAAGCAAGCAAUGGGUCGUACAUUUCCGCAUUUAUGCGACUCUCCGUCUGGAAAGCCAUCCAUCAGCGCAUUGUCUUCCGUGUCAGGGGCGAAUUGUCGAAGCGAGCCAUAGAAAAGCCAUGAAAACCACAUGUGCGGCAUGGCUCAACGCGUUAUAGUCGUACUAGUCGUAGUAAGUAUGUCGCAUCAAGUUGUUCCUCGAGACUGAGACUCGCUAUCAACGCUCCAGUCGUUGACCAGAAUGCCGCAGUGCGAAUCGUCACCCUCUCUCUCAUGAUUUCAGUUCCAGGGGCCCGGUGAUCUUGCGAGAGAAAGAGGCGGAGAAAGUGAAGGUAGCAGACUGGCAAGAAACAUGUGAGGGCAUCCCAUCUAUCAGGGGGAUGCGUGUUCACGAGGGGUGACCUCUGCAACUUCGAGCUCGGCCGCACUGGAUCUUGCUAUUGCGGCUCGUAUCCACGCGUUCAUGACUAUGACUCUGAAAUUCGGUGGACGAGAGAUGAAGCUUGAAGCUGCAGAGUCCAGUUGGGCGGCUCAAACCCUAACCUAUUGAGUCAAAUUCUGUUUCUGCAAUAGCGAUCAUGUCCCUUAGACGCCUUUGUGUCUAUUGUUAUUAACCCCACCACCCUAUGGCCUCCCUGCCCGCGGAACUCUUGAGCGAAGUGUUCCUCGCUUCGAUUCCUUUGUUCGACAAUGAUGAGGGCGACCGGGCUCAGUUUCCUUGGACUCUCACGCACGUCUGCCGCCACUGGCGCCGAUCCGCAAUCUCCUUCCCCCAGCUAUGGUCAUCUCUGGAUCUGGAGCUGACGUCGAGCAACGAGGAGCGGGACGGGAAUGCCACGCUAUCCAUGCUCGAGGCAUAUUUGGAACGCUCCAGGGAGCAUCCUCUGGUUUUUCGUGUGGUCUACGACAACUCGACAAGGAUCAUGGGGAAUCUGUUCUUGGAGACGCUCUCAGAGCACAUGCGCCGAUGGAGGACGGUGUAUCUGGACUGCCUCAACAUGCAAGCCGUCGAUUACCUGAGCCAGGGCGCGCCGAGCGACUACCCCCGUCUGCGCGAGGUGGUGUUCACGAACAACGCGUUCCCAUUCACGCUGAGCAUCGACGCGCCCAUGUUCGAGCCGCUGCCGUGGGCGCAGCUGACGCGGUUCCACGACGACUGUGGCUGGCCGAGCGACAACGCCCGGCUGUGGGAGAUCCUCGGCCUGCUGACGAACGUCGUGGAUCUGCACGUCGCGUUCUGCGAGCUCCCGGCGUUCGAGGCGCCGAUCAUCCUGGAGCACGUAGAGUUCGCGACGUUUGCAGUCCAUACUUUCGCCGACCGCGAACUGUGCCUGGAGCAGAUCUUGGAGUGUUUUCAGCUGCCCCGCCUGAAGGGUCUCAGUCUGCACACUCUGGGCAGGGCAGGGGAAACGGUGCUCUAUCCAGUGCCCGAGUUUGUCCAAGGCAUCCAGCUCCGAGUUCUCCGGCUGUGCGGCGCUGUGAACCUUUCCAACGAUAUGUUUAUCUCAGUCCUCAAAGCUCUACCCAGUCUCGUCGACUUCUCGAUGGACUGGAUCACGCUUCAACCAGGGGACGUCUUCGCAGCCCUCAAACCUGUUGGCGGGGAGAAAGAUGCGCUGCUCCCUGCACUCAAGGCACUGCGCGUCGCCGAUCUGUCGAUCUUCAACCUCGCGGAUUUGCUGCCGGUGCUCUGGGACUUGCUUUCAGUCCGAUUCAGCCGUGGGGGCCUGCAGCUGUUUGAGAUGCACCUUGAUUCUGUUCAGGGGAACGAUCCGGUCAUUCCAGAUACUUUGGAAAAGUUUGGAGAGACGACGCGUUAUAAAGUGUGCGUUAAGCGGACUGACCGCUUCUUUUGGACGUAUGGCAUGAGCAAAGAGUUUGUAUAGAGUAGCCAUAGCAUGUGUCUUUGUGAUCUGGGUAUGUAUCCUCCCUUGCGGUUUUCGGCUGGCAACACGGUCAUUCGGAUGACCGAAUACAGAAUGAUGCUCCAAUUGUCGCAUAAUGUGCACAUCUAGAACGCUAUCCGCGACAGAUGGUCCCAUAGUCUCGGCAGAAGUCUAAGAGCAUCUAGAGCUUGACACUUCAUUCGUGGCUCCCUGAGAUCUGUCUUUGCAGACUAGUAUGUAGGCUGCGGCGCCACGUCUCGACCGGGAUGAAGCGGGCCAGGUCCUCGGCGGAGCGAACAGCGGCUGCAAGGAAAGUUGCGCGCGCGACGCGUCAAGAGCUUGUGCAACUCGGGACAGGCGUCGACAGCUGGGCAACUAUCGAUCUUUCCGUUGGAGAUGAAACGCUGGAACGCGCAUUUGAGCGACAUGAUCCGUCAUGAAAUCGGCAGAUGCUCAGGCCGUUUAUGGCGCCGCGGCGGGUGAGCCUAACAGCCGGGUCGGUAAAGAGCGUGGAUAAUUCGUGGAUGGAGUUCUGGGUCGACAGAUGAGAUACUUGACUGGGGUAAAUCCAGUCGAGAUCACUUCAUGUCCGAAGAGGAUCUUAUAUAAAUGCCGGCUUUCGAAAAAACGAACGAAGUUGGCAAGUAUCAGAGCUUGGCGCUACAAGUCGUCCCAGGUUGCGUUGAUGAAUGGGUGUUGAUCUAUGAUUGACG